UUCUGUCCCUCAUCCUUGUCUUACACCCCCCUUUUAAUUCGUCAAAGCUACUCCUUCCUUGCCGUGUCCCAUCCAAAUAUGCAGCUAAAAGAUGAGAAAUAUCGGAGCUGGGAGCACGCCAUGUCUGUGAGGGCGUAGCGGUAAUGAUACUUCAUACUUAAGUCAUGCUGGGUGCCGGCCAUGUCUUGAAAGUGUACAUCUUCAUUCGGAGUACGGUACCGAGAUGAGGAACUCGACGUUGGGAAAGCUGAGGGCGUACUGGCUGGGAUGCGUGGUUUGUAUGGGAGGAUUCUUGUUUGGAUAUGACAGCGGAAUCCUAGGCGGAGUCCUAACCCUCAGCUCCUUCGUCAAAGACUUCCAAUACUCCAAAGCCCACCAAACCCGCGUCAACUCCCUCGCAGUCGGCCUCCAACAAGCAGGCGCCUUCCUAGCAUGUCUCAUCAUCUGGCCCAUCGCCGACUAUCUCGGCAGAAAGAAGACACUCAUGCUAUCCUCCGCCAUCUUCUGCAUCGGAGCCAUCAUUGAAACAAUCAACACCCACUCCAUGGCCGCAUUCUACGUCGGCCGCGUAGUGGCAGGUAUAGGACUCGGUAGCGCAAGUGUAGUCGUACCCAUGUUCAGUAGUGAAAUGGCACCUAAAGAACUACGAGGACGAAUCGGCAGUUUCUUCCAGUUAUUCUACACUUUUGGCAUCUUCACCUCAUACUGGGUCGACUACGCGGUCCUCAAACGUCUCCCCGCCACAGCCCAACAAUGGCAAAUCCCCAUCGCUCUCCAGCUCGUGCCUGCUGGCUUGCUCGGUAUCGGCAUGUUCACGCUGAAAGAAAGUACGCGCUGGCUUACCAAGAAGGGACAUCACGAUGAAGCGUGGGAGAGCUUGGUAUGGAUCCGUGCGGACGAAAGUCAAGCUACUGUGGAUGAGAUGGAGGAGAUCCGUAUGGGCGUCGAAAUUGAGGCGCGAGAGACUGAAGGUCUACGUCCUGCUGAACUACUCGAGCGAUCAAACAUUACUCGUCUAGCAACCGCCGCUGCAGUAUUCACAGCCCAACAAGCAACAGGCGCAACAGCAUUCGCUUACUUCGGCCCCCAGUACUUCAAGCUCCUCGUCAACGGCUCCGCCUCCAAAAACCUCCUCCUAACCGCCAUCUUCGGCGCCAUCAAAGUCGCCGCCUGCCUCUUCUUCGUCCUCUUCCUCUCCGACCGCAUCGGGCGCCGAAAAGUGCUGAUAGCAGGCGCGGCUUUCAUGGCUGCGUGUCAGAUCACCACUGCGGCGGUCGUCAAAGCGAAGCCUGCUGGUAGAGAGGGUGGGGAGGUCACAAGUAGCGGCAUUGCGACUGUUGCCUUGAUUUAUAUGUUUGUGAUUGCGUAUAAUCUCAGUUGGGGACCGCUGCCGUGGCCUUAUGUUUCUGAGAUCUUCCCCACACGAAUCAGAGAGAUAGGGAUAGCGACCGGAGUAGCCUCCCAAUGGCUCUUUAAUUUCGUCUUCUCCCUCACAACGCCGUACAUGAUUUCUAAUCUGGGGUGGGGCACGUUUUUGCUGUGGGGGCUGUUUGAUGCGGUGAUUGCGGUGGGGAGUUGGGCGUUCUUAAGGGAGACGAGGGGGUUGAGUUUGGAGGAGAUUAGUCAUGGUGAUUUUGGGGUGUUGGUGGGUGGGAAGGCGGGUGAUGAGAGGGUUGAAUAA